GUCACCAGUCUUUGUGCGCGACAAUUAUCAUUCUGAUCGAUUCGGUCCGCGCGGGGGUGUGCAGCCGGCCCGUUUUAUAUCUUUUGUUGUUUUGUAACGCUGCUAAAUCAAUAAUUUUAGUGGCGGCUACUCGGCUAGCGGCCAUCGUUGUUCUUAAUUCAAACACUUUGACGUUCCAAAUGCUUUGCAAGCUUUAGGUGUUUUAUCGUGUAAAUACCACAGUACAGUUAGAUAAACGAGGUUCUUUGUAUGUAACGUCUUUGAAUCGCAAAUAGGCGUGCGAAAGUUAUUUCGUUGUGUGUAUUUCUAAACUGUAAUCGAAAUUCUACAGAUAAUCUGUUCUAAGUGUCGACAUUUGCUAACAAGCGUAAAGAUUAUAUCGGAUUAGUAGGAGCUGGUGACCGAAAUGUGUGCAAAGUGACAAUGUGUUGUUGUGUGAGUGCAGUGCAGUGAAGUGACAUGCGGUGAAGUGAAGUGGUCAUCAUGGCAGCAUCCGAGACUGGGAGCCGGGGUUCUGAAUGAUAGCUACCACUGAAGGUGUGGUAUGGACAAGGAGAACGGAGAGGGUGACGCGGCAGCCAAGCAGCCGACUGACGGACUGCUCGACCCGUCUGGACUCUUCGGAGCGUACUGGGGGCGCGAUGGAGCUGGUGGUGGCGCGGCGGCCCAGGCGCAAGCGCAGGCGCAGGCCCAGGCAGCGCUGUUCGGCUUUGGUUCUCGCUACCCACCGCCCACCACGCUCGGCGUGGCAGCCAACCAGGCCGCCUCGCUUGGACUCCACCCCGCUGCCAGCGCGGCAUGGUGGUCGAUGGCAUCCCACCUUGCCGCUCAGGACUACCUCGCGAGGCUGCAGGCAUCAGGGCUCAACUUCCCUCACCUCGGAGACCCUUAUGCCGCCCUUUCGGCACUGUCGGGUUCCAGCAUGAAGCAACCUUCCAAACCUGUUAAGCAGUCCAGUAGAAAUGAUAGCAGGUCGAAUCGUAGCAGUAACUCAAGCGUGUCCGCGAAGGAGAAGAGCCCGUCCACCAGUACGUCCAGUUCACAACCCAACAUGGCUGAUUGGGGGUCCACAUAUGGUUUCCCGAAAACGUCUUCUCCAUCAACAAUGCCCUCACAAUCUCUCUCCAGUUUGGCUUCCCUGAACAACCUUGCUCAGCAACCACUACACUCCAAGCCCAGCAAGCAACCGCAACCUCCUCCACCUAGAAAGAGUUCAUCUUCGUCAAAGGAGAAAGAGCGCGAUGUAUCGCGGGGCGAUCUAAUGUUACAUGCAGCACAUUCAGCGUAUCACGCCGCUUUGGCUGCAGCAAAGGGAAAGAACAUGUCAUCCCUAUACCCAUUUGGAGUGGGUGGUUCAGAGAAAGACAGGCGCAGUGGAAUAGAUGCACUAACAGGGUUGCCGCAUACUAUACUAAGUGCUGCAUUGGAAGGAGGUGAUCCGUCGUCAGUGUUGGGAGGGGUGAGACUGCCUCCCGACACCGAGAUCAUCAAGUAUACUUCCUCAUUAGCAGGGCCUAAGUCUGCACCCGGUACCACGAAUCGCGGACGCAAAAAGACGAUAUCAUUAGAUCCCCCACACGUGUCGGUGCAUCCGCCCGCCCCCACGAAACGGCAGAAAGUGGAUGAAUACGGAAACUCCCGAUCAUCUGUGGAGGUGAUCCGAUUGCCCAACAAGCCGGAUCGGGGAGGCGCGAACUCCAUUUCCGGUACACCCCCUCCUAACAUCUCGGAUUACACGGGUAUAUCUCGAGAGCUCUUACAGACGAUCGCCAGUCAAAGUGGAGUUAGUUUAGCGGCGCUGGAACGUCAGUUGGCAGGCUCUACGGCGGCGGCGGACUCUGGUUUAAACCUGAGCACGAAGUCCAACAAUAGUUCGGAAGAUACGCCCAUGGAUCUUGGCUUAAAGGACGAUGACGCACCUCUAAACCUGUCCUUGAAACCUACACCACCGAGUGCGCAAGCAUCGGACGCGCUGUCGCGCCUGACAUCGCUAAGCAGUUCCCUGAGCGCAUCCAAUGAUAGGAUAUCUCGACGCAAACCGGGCGCAAAGCCUCGUCGUGUAGCCCCAGAAAUAAAUACCCAUGUGGCGGAUUCACCGCGACCCAAGUCUAGUGGCAGCGAGGAUAGUGAAUCAGUUUCCACCUGGCCCUCGAGAGAAGGCAGACCUCGAAACCUUGGACGCGGGGUCAGUAAACCCAAGAAGAACACCGUAGCGUCAUUGCUAGCGCAGAGCAGAGCCCUAGGACUUCGACCCGCGCUCGCGCAACAGCUCCUAGCUGAAACUGACCUGGACAAAUUACGUGCGCUUCUUGGCGAGACCGUGAGUACGGACUCUGAAUGUCCUUCAGACAGCAACCCCUCAGAUUCAGAUGCAAGCGAUGGUGGAAGGCGACAAAACGACUCGCAGUUACGAUUGCCACUUGCGCUUGGUUGGAAACGGGUGACAGUGAUCAAAGGGCUAUCACGAAAUUGCAACAUUAAAGGCGACGUGUCCUACACACCCCCAGAACCUCAUGGAAGCUUACAGAUCAAAUCUGCGCAUGAAUUGCAUACAUUCCUAGAAGCAAAUCCCAGUCCACCCUUGUGUCGGGACAACUUCAGUUUAAGCGCCCGCACUGUCCUGGGGGAAUACAUACAACCGUCUCCGGACAAUACAGAGCCGCUUGUGUUCAAUGAAGCUGAAAUUACUAAACGGCUAGAUGAAGCUAGAACGGUCGCCGCUCUUAGUGGUCGGCCUACCCCGCCGCCUUACGAACGUCGCAUGGAGCUGGCGAGAAGGCAGCAAGCCGCCAGAGAAGCCAGAAAAGAUGCAGGGGUCCGGGGGAGAGAUCAGGCUCGCCUAGUACGAGAUUAUGAAAGAUCAGAAAAAGCGGAAUAUGUUAAGCGAGAGAAGGAAGCGCGCAGUCAGCAUUUAUUAGAGCAAAUCAACAAGAACCGGUCCCAGCUUACAAUCGAGGCGUUACCAACACCGAAAGGUUUAGACGAAUGGAAAAUGCCCGAAAUUGUCAUGGGACCCGCCACUAAACCGAAUAAAGAUAGGACUAUGCCACAAAUAAGCUUGUCUCUUAUACCUGUUAGUGGUUUAAAAGAGAAUACGCCAAUCAAAACAAUGAAUUUAGACCAUAAUUGGAAAGAAAAUGAAGAAUAUAACGCCUUAGAUAAAAUGAAAGAUUUCGCAGAGAAAGCAGCUUUUGAUCUCCCAAAAAGACAAAACGACAAAUAUUUUGACUUCACGUUAGUAAAAACUCCUGAUAAAAGAAAACCGGAAAAGGAGAAUAAUCUAGAAAAACUAAUAGAAACUUAUUCUAGAAUAUCUGAGUUUAUAAAUGGCUGCAAUUGGUCCAAAAUUGAGGAUGCCAAAAAGGACGAUCCAAAAAGUUUAGAACAAAAGUAUUUAGAUGCGAAAAAUGAAUUUAUGACCCAAAAUCUUAUGUUGAUACCUAAAGAUAACCAAAAAUCGAUCUUAAAAGAUGUUAUAGACUUAAGUGGCGAAGACGACAUUUUAACAGAUCUCAUAACUAAAAACAUUAGCAAAGGAACAUUUAAUGUUGGAAAAGAUGGAGCAUUAUCAAUAUCGGUUCAACCAAUGGGGAAGGACGUAAGUCCGGCUAAAAAGAGGAAACAGGACGACUUAGAGAAGCAGAAAAUUGAAGAGCAGGUGAAGAGGCAACAGGAAAGGGAGAUUAAACGACAGCAAUCAAUGCUUUUAAAAGAACAGCAAAAGUAUAUAACCGAGGAACGCGAGAGAAGAAGGCAGCACACUACGUUCAUACGCCAAUUGGACUCCAGAAGAAGAUGGGAAGACAGGGAGAGAAGAAAACACCAGAACCUUCUUGACAGGCUGCUGGUCAAAGAGAAGAAGUUGCAGCAGAGAAGGAAAGAAAUGGAACUGCUGUCUGAAUUGAGGCGACCCCAGGAAGAUUCGUCGCUAUCAGAUCAGAAAUCUCUGCCGGAGUUGUAUAGAAUACCUGGUCUUAAAAUACCGGGGCAAGCCAUGGCAGACUUGUUGCAAGUGUUCGAGUUUCUGCAUAACUUUGGACAGGCGCUUGGUUUUGAAGUUGAAUCCCUACCGACCUUGAACUCAAUGCAAUUGGGUCUUAUACCCAACUGCGAUCAGGAUGCGGAAGAUGAACUGCUGAGUGUGCUGACCAGGCUACUCGUCAUUGCUAUUGAGGAGCCGGGUAUUCCCCAUCCGGGGCGACACACCACGUUGCUAGGACACGCGCUAAGAUUGGCUGAACUGACUCCCGGCACUUUGAGCGAAGUUCUGCGCAUAUAUCUGUAUGCGAACGCAACAGCUGAGAUAAAAGCUCUUACGGGUCUAACGGUAGAAAGGGAGCGCGAUCGCAGAGUGGCUGAUCAUCAUCAGAGCGACGCAGAAAUGCAACUCACCUGCUCUACCACUAAGAACGGGACCUAUUACGAACAUCUGCACAACAACGCAACAUAUAAACUAUCUGAGUUGCUCCGCGACAAGCCUUUCGUCGCUCUUAACCCGUCCAGCAAGGCGCGAAUACUUGCGCGAGUGUGCGACGAGUUGCUGCAGAGUCGUGCUGUGUUGCGACAACUAGACGCAUCGCUCGACCACCUCGCACAGUUGCGCAGAGACCGCUACCUGCUUGACACUAAGAUACGCAAAGUACGCGUGCUUCAGCAGCGCAAAGCACGCGCGGAAGCCACGGAGAGGCAACAGGCACUUGCUCUGGAGCGCAUGCAUAGGCUCGUUGACGACUCCUCUCACCAUGCCAGUACAGAUACCGAAAAGAGCGAAACACCAAAAAAACGAGACAAAGAAUCCUCCCCGCACUCGGAUGACAAACCAAACACUCCAUCCCCAUAUAAGGACACCCCAGAUGAGAGUGACAAGGAAUUGUCACCCUUGAAGGAGCUCUCCAGCAGUAUGGGCGAGAAGGAGAUGCUAAACAACAAUAAGGACGAAUGUUCCCCGCACGCAAAGACAGAUAAGGAUAGCGUUAUGGGCGACUGCGAUGCGGUACUCAGCGAACCUGAAAGCGAGGGGACUCAGCCCGAAGAGGAUGAAGACAAGAACCUUUCAUCAGAGGAACUAGCAAAAAAGUUGGAGAAGCUUGUCCGGCAAUCCGAACAACAGCUCAUUGCGUUAGCGGCUGGAUCGCAUGCGCUCAGAGCUACGUGCUACGGGCAAGACAGAUACUGGCGUCGAUACUGGUCUCUCGGUAAAUGCGGCGGCGUAUUUGUAGAAGCGAUGGAGUCAGCUCAACCGGAAAUACUAGACUACCAGGCCAAAUUAGAAGAGGCUGCAACUGAUCCAGCGCCCAAGAUAAAGAAAGUUAAAGAAAAAACUGAACUGGACCCAGAACCAGAAGCAGAGGAACAAGAGCCAAGUCGUGAAGAAGUGGAUGAGGAAGCGCGGGCACUAGAACUAAGGAGUAUAAAGAACGAGCUGAACCUUAGUGACAGAACGCAGAUUAUUAAAUACGAGCCCAAUGUCACGCACGGCGCUUGUAAAGUUGAAGGUUCAAUAAAAAUGGAAGAGAAGUAUAUCCAACAGCAGCAAAGCCACGAGGAAGAAGACAUGCUCGAUAUAGAAGACUCCAUACCGACCGCGUUUUUGGUACAAAAGCCAACGCACAAGCCAAUGUUUGCCACUCAAGCUGAGCCAAUGGAUAAGCCGCAAGAGAUAAUAAAAGUUGAAAACAUGGUUAAAACAGAAGAAGAAGAAACAGAGGAAAAUAAGGACAAUCUAGUAAACAAUUUGGAAGAACUGCGCAAAUUGGCGGAAGCCGUAUCCUCGCAACUCGAUGCAGCCAAAAAGGCGGAAUCAGAAAAGUUAGAGAAUGAAGCCAAGAGCGUAAAAAUGGAGCCCGAAAUUAAGAGUGAAAUCAUGGAAACUGACUCUGCUCACGCAAUUUUAUAUACCAAAAUACUUGAAGGCAAAUGGUUUUCCAUACUUCGACACGAAAGUUCAUUCUUAACUAGUAUUAAUGAGGAGAAGACGUCUGAUAUACCCGUAUUCUGUGACAAUGAACACACUUGUACAGAAGUAAUCAACUGUCAAGGUCAUAAAUGGGAUGUGUCGAACAAUUUGCACUUGUUGAACGACCCUAGUUUGUUCACGCUGAACUCUAUGGUAACUAGCGUCCAAGUGCCGUCGAAUAUUGUGUACACUGAUUCUAGUUUGACCAUGUCUGGUUUGGAUCAGGAAAUGUUGGACAAUAGUUUAAUUAAAAAUAGUGUUCCGGAACCCGAGGUGGAAGAGGAAUGUAAAGAACAGGAAAACGACCUUGAAAAGGAACUUCAAGCAGAUGCAGCCAAAGAGCUAGCCAUACAAAAGGCUAAAGCGUCAAACCUGUCCAGCUUAGGACUUCUGAACUUCAACGCACUGUCAACUUACGUGACGUGCGACAGCCCGCCACCGAUACAGAUGUCGCCUGAGGAGUUGGAGCAGUUGGAACACUGUAAGAUGCAUGGCAUGCCUGUGAAGAUCGAGGGGAGUUAUGUGCCCAAGGAUCUGAGAUACGGCUGGUGGCGUAUAACUGAAGAAGAACAACUGAAGCAUUUGUUAGACUCGUUGCAUCCGCGCGGAGUUCGUGAGCGAGAGCUACACGCAGCGUUCAUACACCAUCUGGCUACGCUUAAUAACAAGCUAUACAUAGACCACGGUGACGGGGGCAGUCAGCUGUGCGCCACGCCGGCGGAGCGGCUUCUGGCGCAGAGUGGCGGUUACCCGACUCCAGAUGAGCCCAACACAUUCUGCGCUGUUACCGCUAGACGAGUUGACAUGCAACUGUUAGCUACAGUGGAGGCAUUAGAAGAACGUGUGGCAGCGGCAUCAAUACAAGUCAAAGGUUGGCGCGCCACUCGUCUCGUACUACCCUCAUCUGCGACCGGAGCAGAAAUAGUAGCCCGAGCCAGACACAAGCUCGCUUCCCUCGAAGCUCACAUCGAGAGGCGGUACCUAAAACCGCCACUAGUUCAGAGAUUCAAUAGUAGGACACCUAUAAUGGAAGACCCUAUAACACAAAGCACGACGGAGGCGACACUGGGUGCUGCAGUGAUGCAAGGCGAGCACGGGAACGCACCGCCGACAUCGCCCCACCCCGAUACCCCUAGUGAAACCAAGAAUGAUAACAAGGGUAUAGCCCGCGGGCUAGCCACGUGGCGCGAGGCGGUCUCCCGGUGCAACACGUCUGCACAGUUAGCCAUGUUGCUGCAAGCUCUCGAAUCGGCGAUUGCCUGGGACAAGAGCAUUAUGAAAGCUAACUGCCAGUUUUGUUUGUGUGGUGACAACGAAGACCAGUUGCUUCUGUGCGACGGUUGUGAUAAAGGAUACCAUACCUAUUGCUUCAAGCCACGGAUGGAAAAAAUACCGGAGGGAGAUUGGUAUUGCUGGGAGUGCGUGAAUAAAGCGCGAGGCGGCGGGCGCGAGCGAGUGUGCAUCGUGUGCGGAGGCGCGGCGCGCGGGCGUGCGUUGCCGUGCGCACUAUGCGUACGCGCCUUCCACCUGGACUGCCACUACCCGCCGCUGUUGAAGAUGCCGCGAGGAAAAUGGUACUGUUCGCAGUGCAUCUCCCGAGCGCCACCGAAGAAGCCUCGAAAAAAUACCAAACGAGACAGCAAGACCAAGGACACGAGUCGCGAGAACAUUGACAUCGACGCGUCCAUGGUGCCCAGUCCGGCGGCUUCCCACGCCUCUACAUCUACAACAGCGGAAGAGCCCCCGCGGGCUCACACCCCAGAUAAAGAACACGACAAACUGGACGAACCUCUGGCCGAACCGCCCGUGUCCGCACAGGCUUCCGAGCCGGAGAAUGGCAUCAACCACGACACUGUGGUACCAGAAUUACCGCCAGACGAAGGUCCGCCGGCCGAGAAGCGUCGAGCCCUACAGUUCGUAGCUGGCAAUGGGGCACUUCAACACGACGAGAGCGAUUUAGUCGACGGCCCUAUGGAAGAACCUGAAUCUGACAACGUGCCACUACUCUCGCGUGCCAAAAAAGAGAAAACCAGUGCCAAGAAACAACUCAAAGAAAUGCAGUUUUGCAAAAACCUCCUCUGCGAGAUGGAGUGCCACGAGCACGCUUGGCCGUUCCUGGUGCCCGUCAACACAAAGCUGUUCCCGCAGUACAAGAAGGUUAUCAAGUGUCCCAUGGACUUGUCUACAAUCAAGAAGAAACUACAUGAUUCUGGAUACAAAUGCAAAGAAGAAUUCGCUUCAGACGUUCGUCUGAUAUUCAGCAACUGCGAAGUUUUCAAUGAAGACUACAGUCCCGUGGGUAGAGCUGGUCAUUUCAUGCGGCAGUUCUUCGAAGAGCGUUGGUUGCUUGCCUGACAUAGCGCUGCAACUUCGAACACUUAUACUGAUGAAAGUAUGGAAACAGUUCAGUCAAGUGAAUUACAACCACAGAAAAGUGAACUAAAUGUACAGUAAAGUGCAUUUUAAUCACAGUAAAGUGUACCUAAAGAGAAUUAUAACUUAAAUAAAGUUAAUUAAGACCUCUAAGUGAAUUACAAUGAAUAACAGGCUUAUGCGUGUCGACUUACGUCGGAUAGUACCUAAUAUUAUCAAAUUACACAAAAUGGAAUAUCUUAUGUCCUUACUUAACUAAGAAAUAAAUGAGUAAUAUGUCUCUCUAAUCGCAUAACAAUAAUAAUAAUUUACGUCAUCCAUGAACCCAAUUCAAGAACAUUCUUAAUACAUAAUUAUAACAUGCUCAUUGGAGUCUUCAGUAAUUCCACCAGUCAGACCCAAUCUGGAGAAGUUGUAGAUGUAUUGAAGAUUCAAGUCCCAGUGGAGCUGUUUUCAGCCCAGUGAUCUGUGUAAAGUAAUGCAUUGGUGACCCCAAACAGGAACUUGGUAUUUGACUAUAGAAGAAAGACUUUUGACGGCUUGGAGGUGUUCACAAUCUGUGGGUCCAGUGACACAAGCAGACUCAAGCAGGUUUUUACCUAUAACAGAGUUAAAUCCUGUUACAUCCUCGGAAUAACCAUAUUAAAUAUAUUACUCUUAUCUCAGAAAAUGAUCUAUAGAUACAGACAUAAUUUUUCUGAGAAAAGUGUGUUUGUAUUGUAUCAUUUAUUGUAUCUCGCCAUAGACUCUAGAGUAGAUGCAUUGAAUGAUGCAAUGCAAAUAAUAACUAGUUAUUUAUGCAAAAAAAGCAUUUCAUAUUAGACUCUAUUGUCACCUAACAUCAAGUGAACCUAAGAAAGGAUGUAGUCAUAUUAUUUAUACGAGUUACUCAUUUUGAUUAGUAUAGGAUUAUGACUUGCGUACAUUCCUUAAAAGAAAAUUUGACUUUAAGACCUGAUUUUUGGUCUAAACACAUGUGGAUAGGUCUCAAAAAAUGUUUGCGUAGACAGAAUGUAUAUUGGGAAUCUCAUGUAAAAAAUAUAUGUGAUUUUAUUGUUAGGUUCAGGCGCAUAGAUAUGCUUAAUCGUGUAAAUGAAUUAUGGUUACAAUUUAAAUGCAGUACUGAUGUCAGGGAGCUUUUAAAAUCAAGUACAGAGUUUGGUGAAGCGAAAUCCGAGAUUUGGGAGUUAUUGAUUACAAAUCCUAUUAGAGGGAAUAUGGUUGCAUCUAAUUCUGACACAACACACACUUAGCCUGAAGGCAAAGGGAAUUUUGGUAAUUUUUAAAUUAGAAAAUAUACUCUUAAUUUGCAGCAGGUUGUGUAAAACUGUAAAUAACUUGUAUCCACAUUCAACAAAUAUUUUAGGACAUUAAUGAUCAAAUAUUAAACAAUUUGAGGAUAGCCCCUAUAUUGAGUCGUAUCACCCAACUCAUUACUGAGGGUCUCCUUGAAUCAAAAAAAAGUUUAAGAAUAAGAAUAAAAACGGAUGUCAAUGUUUUUCAUUAACUAAAAUCGCAUAUACAUUUAUUGCGAACUGUAAAAUUUAUAUUAAAAAGCCAUACCCAACUUGAGCUGUGUUUGGAAGAAAAGGGCUUGUAUCCAAGCAUUUUCUCAUUUAAAAAAAAAGUAUUUCAUUUUCAUGAUUGGCUGUAUCUAUUUGACUGGGAUAUAUCUAAAAAAUGGCGACGCACAUCCUUGUUGAGUGUAAUUUGUAUUUAAUGUAGCCAACUGUAAAUAUUAGUGUUUAAAGGUUUUAAAAGUAUUAGGUGGAUAUAUUUCUAAGUAUAUCUAGUGAACUUUACGUCAAUGUCAUGUUUUUUCGAAUAUUAUUUUUGUCCUAUAAGUUUUGCUUAGCAACGAAUUCAAUAAGAAACUCUAAAGGCUCACUUAUAUAGAGAUAUUUUCUUGCCUCUUCUAUGAUGAGAAGUUGAAUGGUAUUAUGAGUAAACCAUUAUUUUUAGAACAUGGUUUAUUAUACUUAUGUUUAUUGUGGAUAUAAAACUGAAGAACUAUUAUUUUUUUACUGGCUUAAAAAACAAGUGUUGAUAAAUUUGAUAGUAAUUAUUGUAUAUCACUUCUUAUUUCCAUCUUAACUCAAAAUCAGUUUAUUUUAAGGAUAAAAUUUUAUUCAGGUAUGCAGGAUAGAACCCCUUAACAGGGUACAGUAAACCCCUUAUUAUCAGUUCAGCAGUUUUAGAAAAGGUAGCAAUUUCAAUAAUUAGUAGUUAGUUAUUGAUUUAAGGUUGAUUAAUAAUAUUCAUUCCUGCUUAACGCUAUAAUAAUAUUAUGUUAACCUCACGCCGCAUAACGGGCGAUAAAUUAUCUCCGUGUAAAUGAGCCUUACCGAAACUCUGAUUGUUUCGUCUUUCUCUGCAUUUUUAAUAACUGAAUUGGCCAGUUGUAAGUUUAGUAGAGAUGUAAAUGUAUUUGGAUGUAAAAAACUUAUAUUAAUAUUGUCUACUUCAAAAUUGUAUGUAAAAAUGUUCCAAUCCAAUUUGUUCCAUUUUCAAGGUUUACGUGUCUGCACCCUAUUGUCGAUAUAAGUAAAAUCUCGCGCACAAAAUCAUCAAUAAAAGAUGAGUCCAAAUAUAUAGAUGAUCUAAUUUACAUUAGACUAUUUUUUUGUAACUCUAAUUUUUAUUUUUCACGAAUUAACCCUGAAGAAUAUCAAGUUAACAAAAAUUUUAAAACUUAAUUUCUAAAUUUCCAAUUUCUUGAAUUUUAGCAAAAUGGAUUGAGGCAUCUUAAAAAACAUAGACGGAGUAUAGAAUCAGUAGUAUUGUUUCCUGUGAAUGGUUCUGACCGGGUUACACUGUAUUGUAACAACUUGUUAUAAUACGUAUUGUAUUUAAAAAAAAAUAAUAAGAAUUUAAUCUGAUAUAAUAUAUUCUAUUUGAAUGUGUAUAUUGACCUCAGAGUAUCGAAAAGCUAGAAAUAUCCUACAACAUUACACCUCAAGACGCUAUUAGGUCGACGUUCUUCCACUCCUUUUGGCCCCCCGGUGAACCUAUUGCAACCUUUAUGAUGGUUAUCAGAUACAAACAAUCCGAAAAAAAAGCAAUAUUUCAGCUUACUACAAUUUCUCGUAAGCAAAUUUUCCCAAUUCUUACCUUAAACCGUUAUUCUACACCGAUCCACCGCGUCGCAACGAAUAAACAUACAUUUACAUUUUACUCUACCUGCAGCCAGUUAAAAUUUGGUGAAACAAAACUGUUCAUUUAGAACUACGGCAAAUUUAAAAUAAAAUGUACCAUUGAAAGUAAGCAAAAGUUCCAUUCUACGCUGAUGCUUGCGGUGCAUGCAACCUAUAUAAUUAUCUUUUAGUAAUAGUACUUUAAGUUUCUAUUAUGUUCUAUACUCUGAGGUCCCGGUCGGAACCGACUAUACUUCGCUAAAAUAUAGUAUAGAAGAAAAGGAUUAAGUGUAGAUUAGGCCUAAAUUGGUAAAUGACAAUUCUGGUUGUUAAAAAAAUUAUGUCUAUAAAAUAUAAAUUGUGUAAAAACAUCAGUCACUAAAUUGCAUAAUUUCUGUAAAAAAUCGUUUUCUUCUAUUGUUUAUUUGUAUUUUGACAUUAUUUUUUUCAAUAACAAUUAUUGAGAUGAUCAUCUAUUAAAUUAGCGAAGCGGCCUAUAAUUUGUUGAUCGUUAUUAAAGGGUGACUAAAAGGACAAUUAGUUAACAGCAGUUAAGCCAAUUAAAUUAAUGUCAAAGAGCCAAGUUAGUUUUUGAACGUGUAUGAACACUGUAAUACGAACGACGGUUAACGUUUUCGCAACUCUUACAGUGUAAACUGGAAAAUAGAUAGUUAUCAACUUUGACAGCUAUUUAAUUGGCCCAUUUGAAGAUAAGAUAUAUUUCAAUAUUUUGAUGACUAUCGCGAAUGUUAGUAGACUUCAGUGCUGCAUACAGUAAAUUAUUUAGUACCUGUGUUAUAUAGUAAAGUAUAUAAAAAAUUCAUUAAUGGAACCAAUUUUGUUUUACAGAAAUCAGUAAACUAAACAAAAUUGACUUGUUUAAAAAUAGUGCUAUCCUUUUCUAUGUCUAGCAUUGCAGACAGCACUUCUGUUAGGUCUGCCUAUUAAUUUAGUUUAGUUUGAAAUUUGCAAUACAACAGAAUUGGCACCAAUGAAACUAAAUUGCCUGUAAACUUUAUUCGUUCUCUGAUAUAAUGGCGCUUCCAUUCCGAACGCGGCAUAUUGUAAUAAAAUUUAGACACUAUUAAAAAAAAAAGUUGUGGGAAUAUUCUUUCCUAUUUUUAUCGCUAAAUACACUGGCAAUACGCUUGUAAAAUAAAUAAAGUAAUUAACAAAUUGAAUUUAGUUAAAUAAUUUUAAGGUUUAUUUAUUUUCUAUGAUUGGAAUUAAUAAAAACAUUCAGUACUUACGGUAAACUUACAAACUAUUGGUUAAACUAUUCUCGCCAAUAAAUGAUUUUAAACAUAUGCUUCAUUUUGUAAUAGAAAACAAAUUUAUACCAUUAGUAACUUCACUGAUGGCAUUUCUGAUAACCUUUUUAGUCAGAAACGAAAAUUUCCAAUAAUUUACCUAUAUAUUAUUAUGGACUCUACACGCCUAAUUCGGUUUUAAUUCUAUAGGCUUAGCUGUCGGCUUUGGUGUGUAGACUUAAGAUUAAGAAAACAUAAUUUACCAAAAGCACUGUCAUCAGCAAAGUUACUAGUAUAGGCCACCGCCCUUAUUCGUUGUGACAGUCGUGAUUGCAAUUUAUAACGCCAAUAAAUAAUCAGUUUCACAUGGUGUGUAAAAUUUAACGCCACCUUGGAUUUCCAGCCCCCGAACGAAAAAACAUAGAAGUCGUUCUGUUAUGCUUCUAAUCUUUUUUCGUUCGCUGGUUCCAGCCAAGGCCGUAGAUAGGAAGUCUAUUUCAUUAAUUUAAUUUAUUAAGAUUUCCCUCGUGCCUGAAAACAUCCGACCUUUGAACUACAUACUUGAUGUAGUCCAAUGAUCAUUCGAGGGCAUUUCAGUAGGGAUUUCAACUCUCAUAACUGACCGCCUUUCUACAGCCUUGUUUUCAGUGUAUAAACAAUAUUAGGCUGGUGAAGAGUGUAAUCGAAAGUUAGGGAAUCAGGGCAUAAGUUUUUAAAAAAUAAAAAUAAAUAUUUUAAAAUAUAAUAAAACUACAUAGUUUUCAACAAACGAAAAUCAGGGCAUUUUUGAAUUAUUGUAAUUAACAAUUUUUCUUAAUUUAAUAAUUUAAACAUUUUUGAAAGAAUUUUGAAUAAAAUAAAUAUUCUUCUGCUUUGCUAGAAAUAGUGUAACUCAUAUGUUUAUUUUAAAGAAGUGAUAAUUUAAUUACAUGACUUAACUUUAAAAUGUCUCGUAGUUUUAUCAAGUGUACACAUUUAUUUAAGUCUUACAAAAAAUAUCAAGUUUCUAUAACUUUGUAUAGAAUUCGCGGGUAUUAAAGAACUAUAAUGAACACUACGAUUUCAAUAAUAUCGUUUUGUUUUGUGAUUUUUGUAACUUUUAUAAUGGUUAUUUUUUUCGAAAUAAUCUGAGAGAGUUCUCAGGUUUCCAUUUUAUAAUUUGGUAGAUCAUAAAUACAAAUUGAUUUAUCUUUCAGGAUACCUAGCUGUGCCGGCCACGCUUCGCUAUCUCCAUUUUUUGUAUACCAACAUUCAUUUCAUCAUUUGAAACUCCAAACUUGUUAAAUGUGUACGCGUAUGUCUGUAUAAACCACAUUUGAUACUAUAUAAAAAUAAAGUUUAAUUUUAUUAUUUUAAUGUUACUAGCAUAUAACGUCAUUCCUACAGCACAAACUGUGUUUAUCUACUCGAGUAUUUUAAAGUAUUAAUAUUUUUUUUUUUACUUAAUUAAUGCAGCUAUUAAUUUUAAAAUAAAAUAAAAAGUUUUAAAACUAGACUUAUGUUACGACAAAUUUAUAAUUAUUUUUUUAUCUGUGCAACACAGAUAUUCUACGAAAUAGACAGGACUCUUUAAAUUAUUGUAAAUCUAGUUUUAGUAAGUAAUUCUGCCAAGAUAUGUUUUUUGUAACCUCUACUCUACUGCCACACACAUAAGGUCGAUGUUUGAAAGCGAAACAUAUUUUGGUGGCGCGCGGCGUGUAUGAGAAUCUACUAUAGUUUUAUGUUGUGUGAAUUGGUUGAUUUUAACUAUAAAAUGGAUAUAUAAAUUAUAUAUACGAAUAAAUAAAUAAUUUUUGAAGCACUC